AUGGCUGAGGAGCUGUCCCCAGAGCAGGUGGCUGAGUUCAAGCAGGCCUUCUCCAGGUUCGACAAGAAUGGGGAUGGCACCAUCAACAUCGAGGAGCUGGGCGCAGUGAUGCAGUUGCUGGGCAAGAAGCUCUCGGAGGAGGAGCUGAAGGCUCUCAUCGCCCGAGUGGACAAGGAUGGAGACGGAGCCAUCAGCUUCCAAGAGUUCCUGGCAGAGAUGGUCAGGAUGAUGAAGGGAGGGGGCAGCGAGCAGGACCUGCGGGAAGCUUUCCGAGCCUUUGACCUGAAUGGUGAUGGCCACAUUAGUGUGGAAGAGCUCAAGCAGGUCAUGAGCAAGCUGGGGGAGAAGCUUUCUCAUGAGGAGCUGAAUGCUAUGAUCCAAGAGGCCGACACAGACAAGGAUGGCAAGGUGAACUACGAGGAAUUCAUGCACAUUUUCACCCAAAAGUGA